GUUCAGAGCAUGAACACACUCUCGGGCAGAUGAGGAGUUGUGAUACCGAGACACCAGGGCAGCCACAGGACAACAAUGCAGCAUCUGGCAUAUCAACCCUUGCUUCCCAGUGGAAACAAAUAUCUCCAGCAGAAAUGGGACAUGGCUUCAUAUGAUUUACACAGGAGGAAGGUAAAGUCAGCUAAACCAACAAUAAACACGACUCCACCAGAGACCUAUAGUCACCUGGCUCUGAGGCUGAAGAAACAAAAGCUUGAAGAGGAGUGGGCACUGAAGAUUCAGAGGGAAAACAAUAUGCUCAUGGAAAAAAUAUCGCACAUCAUGAGGACAACUGGAGGAGUUGACAACAGGAAUUACUAUGACAGGAAAAGCCUUGGCAAGGAAAAGCGACAGCUGGAGUUGCUCCGUAUUACCAAGGAGAAUCAGCUGAUCCUGUUCCGCCUGAGUCACUGCAGGUCUCACUAUAAUGUGAAGAGCUGGCAUGAGGACUGGCUCAAAACUCUUAAGCUGAUGGACAGCAUUGCACAUUACCCAAGAGGAAGAGUGAAACAGCAAAAGAUUUAAUUUCUUAUGUCAACAUCAGGGACAAGAGAAAGCCAGCAAGCAGAGCAGAGGUUGCGAUAAAGAACAGAAGAUAAGCACAGAUACAGCUACACGCAGGCAUGCAAGCAACAAGACAAAUGGCGAAUCAGAAUCUGAGGAAAAUGAAAAGAAGAAAGAUGUCAGCGAAAAACAAGAAAGAGAAACAGAGAUCCAGCAGGACACAGAUACACACCCUGUCCCUGAACCAAAUAUGCCUGAGAAAUCCAUCUCACCAGAUACACCUGAAAAUCCUUCUGAGACAAUUCAAAUUAAAACAGAUAAACACUCUGUUGAACAGUCCUUGGCUUCUGAUGGAUCUGAAAUGUCCAACACCCCCUAACACAUCUAUAACCGACAAACUGGAAACCACAAGCACAGAGGAAGGAUGAAAUGCUUGAUUGCUUUACCAAAACUAUGUUUUUCUGCAAAGUAGAGAGAAUGUAGCAUGAGCCGUUUGGACAAACACAGUCUUGACUCCAGAACUGGACCCAGAUAUUGUGUGCCAGUUAUAUGAUCUGUAGUACUGGUUUAGUAUAAAUAGACCAGCAGUAGUACUUUGUAUAGGCUGUGUACUUACAUAAUUUCAUGAACACAAUAUGACUGUGGGUGAUGUAAUAUUCACUAACAA